ACGCGAGACACGACCUUUUUGGCAGCAAUCAAAUAACUUUUCCCAAUCACUGUUCCGAGACUUGUAUCGCCCGUACAAGAAACACCACGACAUGGAAGCCAUUCAUGUGGCCUUUGGCCACGAUACAGCGCUAUGCGAUCGCAUCCUCGCUGCAGCAAAAGAAAACCGCGAUCAGAUGCAGCUAUUUGUCGACAUAGCCAAGUACAUGUCCCAGUACAUGUCAGGAAAGAGAGCGCCGGACGAAGACACUACACCAGCCCCCGACGCAAAGAAGAGAAAGACACAAGCCAGCAAUGCCUCGACUGCCUCUGCUGUCGCAUCGCCAGCGCCCGCUCUCAAUCUGACGACAACUCUCAACCAGAAGGAUGUCACCAACGUCUUAUUCUCAGUGCCGGAGACGAGUUUCGCCGUGCCCCAAAGGAAGAAGAUGACGGUCCAACUGGCAGCAGACCCGCAGAGACUCGAAGAAGGAGCCCUUAGAGUUGUGCACGAGGGAUCUGGCAUCAAUCUAGCAGUGCCGUUCAGCAGAAUUGAGCAAGUCUUCUGUUUACCAGUGCCCGAGAAGGCCACUCGACAGUGGAACUUUGUCAUUUUCGCCAAUCAGACUCUCGACCUUAAGACGGGAGACCGAGCCAUGGAGGCCGAACAGAUCGUCUGGACUAUGCCUGAGACUGCUCCUGUCAACGUCAAGGCUGCCAGUGGCUUUGAGCCGCUCGACGUCGACACAUAUGUCACCAGCACUAUGAGAUCGCUGAGUGCCUGCAUGCUUGGCCAUGGAAAGAGCGUCAUCAUCCCUAACGAACAAGAGUUUGCGAGCGCGAUACCCCAAAGCCAUAGAAAGGGAGAGGCUGCAUAUCACGUCAAGGCUCACAAGGGCAGCAAAGAUGGCUAUCUAUUCUUCCUCUCUGUCGGCAUUGUCUGGGCCUUCAAGAAGCCCCUGGCACUCUUCACUUUCGAGAACAUCGAAUCAAUCUCAUACACUUCUGUCCUACAACGCACCUUCAACAUUGUCAUAACCACCAUGCCGGAUCCAAUCACCGGAGACAAGCAAGACAUUGAGUUUUCCAUGCUCGAUCAAGCAGAUUUCGCCGGUAUCGAUACCUACGUCAAGCGCCACGAUCUCAACGACGCAUCAAUGGCAGCAGACCGUCGCGCCAAAAAGCUCAACAUCAACCCAAAGCCAAAGACCGAAGCCACAGAUGGCGACACCACUGGCACAGCAGCUGCAGAAGACGAUGACGAUGAAAUGACCGAGUUGCAAAAAGCAGAACAAGCACUUCAAGACCAAGAAGACGAGGAAGAAGAAGACUACGAUCCUGGCUCGGAAGGCGAGAGUGAAGGCUCUGGUUCAGAUUCUGAGGGUGAAGAAGGCGGUGGUAAAGGAGGAGGUGACGAUGAUGAGGAGGUAGAAGAAUUCGAUGACGAGGACGAGGAGUAG